AUGGCGAGUCAAUGUGGUGCGCAAGCUAUACGGCGCGACGCUACGACGCUUCAUCGCAACGGUCAUUACAACUCCACUAUCAAGCGCGGCCGGAUUAUCGUGCAAAGAUCUGCUUCUCUUGAGAUUGAAAUGAUUCGCGAUAGAGAUGGUGCUGGAGAUGAAGUCUGGUCAAGGCUUCAAUUAUUUGUGGCAGACAAGGAUAAUGAGGUCGGAGGGAUUUGUUUGAGGCCCACAAUUAGCGACUCUGGCUAUUUUGGCGUACUUGGGAUCGCCACAAACGUUCCUCCAUUGACUUCAACCAAGACACAUAUUACACUAAUUAAUUCUUGGAUCAGAAACUGCCGUAAGAAUCACUUAUCUUGCGAUAUAGCUACAACAAGCCAAUUGCCCUCGAGACUUCUGGAUAUAUCUGGUAGUGAGCAUGACAUUUAUUUGGUAGAGACUAGAGAUCUCCCAAGCAGCGUCAAUCGACCCUCCUACACAACUCUAUCACAUUGCUGGGGCUCUAAUCAUAUCAUUCAAACCACUUCAUCUACUAUAAAAAUUCUCUAUGGUGGAAUUAGAAAAGCGGAUCUCCCAGCUACCUUUCAGGAUGCAAUAUCCGUGGUACGAGCUUUAGGAUUGAGAUUCAUAUGGAUUGACUCUCUUUGCAUCGUCCAGGACUCUCUUGAUGAUUGGAAGCAUGAAUCGGUUCUUAUGGCUUCAAUAUACUCCAAUUGUUAUGUAAAUAUCGCGGCUACCGGUGCUGCUGAUAGUUCCAAAGGGUGUCUGGCACCUAGAAAUCCACUUCACCGAUCCAUUCCCUUAUUCGCAAAAUGCCUCCUACAGCCCGAGACAGAGGAUAAGAAGCUAGUCAUGGAAUGCCGCAAAGAACUAAGAUGUGAAUGUACUGGACUCGAUUCUAUCACAUCCAACCCUCUUCGCGACGUGCAAGAUAUAUCCUACGAUAGUUGGCUUCGUGCCGUGGAGGAAUUCUCUAGGUUGAGAUUGAGCCACGAAACGGAUCGAUCGAGUGCAUUGUUAGGCAUUGCCAAGGUCUUCCACGCUAGGUUGAUGUCUACAUAUCUUCGAGGACUCUGGGGUGAAGAUCUUGCGAGAGGCUUACUGUGGGAUGUUACGAGGUAUGAAAACGUACAUACCAGUGCAAGUCCUUUUAAUUCGCCACCGAAGAGGCAGAAUAGAGAAAUUGCCCCGACGUGGUCAUGGGCUAGUAUGGUGAUGAUAGAGGGGAUUGGAAUAAUCUUUCCAGCAGCCCACGAUGCAUCGUUCUCCAAAAACCCACAAUUCUAUUCUUCAAAACACGCUUCACCACCCGCAACGUCUCCAGGCACUUCAUCAUUCGAGAACCUUCUAGGAACGAAGAAAAUUUGCGUUAAUACUGAAUAUUUCUUCGCAACAGUUUUUCUGCCAGAAACGGAGAAGAACAUGAUGCUUUUGUUUGACGCAGAUAUUGAGGAUACGAUUUUGAUGUCUAUAUAUGAUAUGAAUUUGGAUAUCCCUUUGCACCCGGGAGGUCAUCGAGAGCAGAGCUGGGAAGUUUGCUGCUUACUUCUAGGCUCAAUGACAGAGAAAAGUUAUGAGUUGAACGAAGAAGCAGAGUUCUUGUGCACGCUUGUGGUUAGAUGCAACUCAGUUAUUCGUGCAUGGGAACGGAUUGGAGUUCUUGAUGUUAGGAAAGAUGAUGUGAAUGAUUCAACUAUAGGAGAACGGGAGUUCAACCUCAUGUGA